AUGGCAAACCUCGGUCGACUCCCCCCGGAGUUGAAGAUCGCCAUCGUCGAUGUCCUAUUCGACCAGGGUUCGCCAAGUGAAGAUUUCAAAUACCGGGACACCGUCAUCAGUGCACUCGCGGCCCUCUCACUUGCCGAUCGCUUCUUCAACUUAGUUGCGGAACCGAAGCUCUACAACCUCGGGGUUUUGCGACAUCCCUACCUUCUUUGCUGGGCCACAGACGUUGGUUAUCUUAAUGUCAUGAGGAAGAUUUUAUCCGUGUCCAACUUUCACGCCAACGCCGGCGUCAUUCGCUACCGCCCUCAGGAUGGAUACAAGGAAUGGAAUCAAGACACCGAGUCCGCCAAGCAACGUUUUGAUCAGCAAUACCGAAGAGAUGGUGAGAUAUUUCAGCUUCGGUCUGAUUGGCUCAACAAGGGUGAUUUCGGCGAGUGCCAAGACUUAAUCGCGGAUUACAUUGAUGACGAGCAGCAGGAGGAGGAGGAUGACGACGACGAUGAUGAUGAUGAAGAUGGUGUUGAUUGGGCCUUGUGGAAGAGAUUUGACGCCGAAGUAUUCGGAGUUGUCAGAUGGCUAGAUUACGACCUCGACCAUCUCGACAUCUUGAAGGAGCCAAAGGCCGUCUAUUGGUUUCCGGUUCACAUCGCCGCGCGACAAGGAAACUUUGAAGCCCUCGUUCUUCUUGUUGAGUCUGGAGCCCUUCUCAACAUUUCUUCAAAAGGCUUUUGUGUUCAUGCGUCGGAUCCGAAGAAUCAAAAUUGUCUCCACUUCCCCGACUGGACAGACGAUUUCGACCCGACUGUGAUGUAUCCGGCUUGGACACCUUACCACAUUGCCUUAUGCCACGGACACCAAGGGGUAGCUUACUUUAUUCUCGAAAUAUGCCCCCAUAUCAGCGAGCGACUCUUAUUCGAGGGAGACGGAAUCACUCGACCAAUUCCUAAGUUCAUCACAGCUAUGCGGCACUCCUACCCAGAGUUUGCGGAGCUCUGCCUCGAGCGUGAGCUUGACGACAUUGAGGAGACUCACCCAGAUGUCUUCGACGGAACCCUGGUGUGGAGAGCCUUCUGGGAGUUGGAAAACUUCGAACUCGCUCUGGAGAUACUGCUGCGUCAUGGGGCUGACCUGGAACACGAUUUGGGAGAAGGACACACUCUACUCGUCGAAGCCUGCUAUCAUUACCAUUACCGAGAAGCCCUCGCCUUAAUCGAAGCCGGAGCCCGUGCCGACAUCUUCCUCCAUGAACCUGGGUCCAAUACGAACCUGGAAGAGGCCAUGAGAGGGUGCAGUGAUCACUCUCUUAAUGCAAACAGCGUGCUCGACCUAUGUUGCAGGGUACAGCCGUUCUGGGUGGAGAAAGUUCCCGCCAGCCUUCCAUCUUCCGAUGCAGCCCUAGCGGUUGUCAGUCAUGUUAUCGACUUUGGUGUCGACAAUGUCACCAAGAACACCGCUGUUCUCUUCUCUUCUUCAUUGCAUCGGGUGGAUAUUCUCGAUUUCCUUCUCAAGUCGGGCGGCGAUCUUCACGAUCCAGAUGCCGACAGUUUGAGUGCGUUGACCCACGCGGCAAGCCGGAUUUCCAGAACACCGAGCCCUCAAGGGGAACUGGAGGCAUGGUCGGCAAGUUUGGUACCGACAAUCUCAAUCAUUCUGAACCACGCAAAGAAAAUAGGACGACAUUUGGAAGGCGGCGUGGAUGCAGCCGAAACGUUACUAAAGCCUUGUGUGCUUUUCCGAGGCGAUGAAACAAUCUUACCGUCGAUUACGGACGGGGUCCUCCUUUUAAUUUCAGAGGGUUUGGUGGAUGUCAACCAUUGCAUCGAAAGCGAAACGCUCAUCAUGAAAGCAAUGCAAAUGGGGUGCUACCAAUUUGCCCGCGGCCUGCUUGAACGCGGGACCCAUGUUGUGUUGGAUGUGGCGAACAAGCGUGACGAUUUAGCCAAGUUGUGGAUUAUGGCAUUCGAAGGCUGGCAUGUCGAUGACGAGCUCAACAACAAGAUGUACCGGUUGCUCGUGGACAUUGACUCUACUUGCCGCAUUCUCAAAGAGCCAUACUUUCUCGCGACCGCCAUAUCGUUGGGUGCGCGUACAGUUGUGGAGCAAAUGGAACCAAAUGUCCAUCUCGACAAGGACUGGGUGAACAUGAAAAGCGACCUCUAUCACGUCAAGAACUUGAACAACUGCGACUUCUUUUCUGAACAAAUCAGUUACGAUGGCUGGAGCUUGCUUCACUUUGCUGCGCAUCACGGCUACCUCCAGAUUUGUCGACGCCUGGUAGCCAUGAAGGCUGCAACUCAUAUCCCCGCAAGCGACGGGGAAACGCCAUUGAGCAUCGUCAUCAGAACCGGAUACAGGCAGGAGUCGAAAACCAUUCUUGAGCUUCUCAUGGCAGGGAAGAAAAAGUUGGAUCCAGAUACAGCGGUUCAAUAUCGUCUAAUUGCAGAAAGGGUGAUCAACACCGGUGGACAGUGGGACGAUGCUCGAGAAAUCUUGGCAAUCUGUCCCAAGAUAAGUAGCGGUGGCCCUCUGCUCCUUCACGCCUUCAUUCGUCACUGCUUUUCCUACUUGGAGAGAGAUGAUUGGUGGUUAGACGGGGACAUUAUUCGUGGCGGUGUCAAUGUCAACGCCAUUGACGAGAACGGAAACACGCCACUGGGAUACCUUCUCGUGCUCAUAAUCAACGCCAGAAAAGACCGCGUCUACUGUCCCUUUAUCGAUAGUUGGGCUCCUGGCAUUUUGACAACUCUCAUCAUGGCAGGGGCCAAGCCGAGCAUUCGGAAUUGCGAAGGACAGAGCGUGUUGGAACUGCUGGGCAUUGUCAGGGAUUGGAAGAGUGGUGAGUGGUGGGUUUCUCGGAAAUUGAGGACCAGCCUCCUCUAUCAGGUCAUGCUCUAUCGCCAGAGUAUUGGAAUGUGA